AUGGCGCUCUCCAGUUUCCGUCUCAGUGGAGCUCUUGCUCUCUUCGUACUAGCUGGGCACUCUCUUCUCGUAUAUGCACAACCUUCUGGAUCAGGCAACACUCCUUCCGCUGCCCAGCCAACCUCACCGCCUCCGCCUCCGGAAGCGCCCUCACCCAAUCAUCCACCGCUGUCCAAAGCAUACCCACCGCCCGACAUCUUCUGCCCCGGCGCGCUCUUGCAAACUGUCGACCUCGCACAGCUCUACAGCGAUAGCAAGACCUUCGUGGACAAGCCUACUGUCUUUUCCCCUAAUACUACUCUGGCGGACUUUGCACGUAUUGGAGGAGCGAACGCGACGAUCGGAAACCUCGAGGCGUAUGUGGAACAGGAUUUUAGUGGGGAGGGACUGGAGCUCGUCCCUGUUCAAUUGGAGAACUUUACAUCUACCCCGGGGUUCUUACAGGGCGUCAGGACCCGCUUGAGCACAAACACCUCGGCACUGUGUGACGGCCUGCACUGCGCCUCCUCCCUCAUCCCGCUCAACAACACCUUCGUCAUCCCCGGCGGCCGCUUCCGGGAGCAGUACUACUGGGACAGCUUCUGGAUCCUCGAGGGUCUGUUACAGAGCGAGCUGUAUUAUGUAGCGCGGAGCACGCUGGAGAACUUUAUGGAUGAGCUUGAGCGGUUUGGGUUCAUCCCUAAUGGGGGGAGGAUAUAUUAUCUGAACCGGAGUCAGCCGCCGUUGUUUGUUCAUAUGGUAUACACCUACCUGCAAACUACGAACGACAGCUCGAUCCUCACCCGCGCACUGCCUUUAGCGGAAGUAGAGCUCGCCUGGUGGCAAACUAACAGGAGCACCACCGUCCUUUCCCCGAACACGAACACCACGCACACGGUGUACCAAUACCGGGUGACCAAUAGCGCCCCACGGCCAGAGAGCUACCUCGAAGACUACCAAACUGCCAAUGCCAAUGCUGCUGGCUUGCAAGCUCCCUUAUCCCCGGAAGAGGCAGAGGAGCUGUAUGCCGAGCUUGCGAGCGGGGCAGAGACGGGCUGGGACUACAGCAGUCGAUGGUGCAAACAGCCUUUUCUUGGUAAUCUUAGUGAGAACGACCCUGCCCUGCGAACGCUUGAUGUUAGAGGGGUGGUGCCUGUGGAUCUGAAUAGCAUGCUCCCGAAUGCGCAUUGGAUGCUUGCGCGGAUGUACGAUGCUGCUCGGCAGGAGAACGACGGGAAUGUGGAUGUGGAUGGGAGUGGGAGUGGGAGGAAAAAGUGGGAGCAUGAGAGGAAGGGAGAUGACCUGAGGGAGGCGGUACUGGAUUUGAUGUGGGACGAAGAGAGAGUCGCCUUCUAUGAUUGGAACUUGACUGCUGGGGAGAGGGGGACGGUGUUCAGCAGUGCACACUAUUACCCCUUCUGGAAUAACAUCAUCCCCCCCUCCCUGCUGGGGAACGCUACCCGCCUACGUCAAGCCUUCGGCUCGCUCAACCUCAUGCUAGACAUGUACAACGGCUCCGUCCCAGUCACGUUCCUCAACACGGGUCUGCAAUGGGACUUCCCAAACGCCACAUCAAUGUACUUGCUGUGGGUAGAUAUCAUCCUCCGCGCACUCCAGAACCUGCCUGGGAACUUAACAUUCCUACCGCUGCUGACGGAUUCUACCCCAGAGCUGGAAAAUGCAUUCGCUCUUCUCCCGGCUAACCAGACUGGCCUCUCCUCUCCCUCCCUCCUUCCUCUCCAACCAGGGACCAAUAUAAGCCUAAGCACUAAAGUGAACGUUAAUGCUGGCCAGGGCUGGCUCGCCCUUGGCCUAGGCACGAACGGCACCUCCGGGUGGAAAGACGCCCUGAUGCUCGAAGUCGCCCAGCGGUACAUCGACGCCGCCUUCUGCAGCUGGUACUCCACAGGCGGUUCUAUCCCCGGCUCGUUAGCCCAACUCAGCCCGCAGGACCUAAGCGUCACGGGCUCGACACCCCAAAGCACGGGAGUGAUGUUCGAGAAGUUCAACGCGACGGACUUGGAUGCUGCUGGUGGAGGAGGGGAGUAUACCGUUCAAGCAGGACUAGGUUAA